GCGAGUCGGACCCCUGCCCCUGGCAGGAGGUGGUACGGUUCCCGUCCUCUCCAGCUCCCCACGCCCGUGGCAGUGGCAGCUCCGUGAUCGCCGUCCUCCCGCGCCGCGCAGCCCCAGCCCGAGCCCAGCGCACCCCGCACCUCCGCGGCCUCCCGCCUCGCCCCGCGCUGCCUCCUCACCCGGUUGUUUUUGCCAUGGAAUUGACCAAAAUGUCGGACAUGACAAAGCUCCACCAGGCUGUGGCUGCAGGAGACUACAAUUUAGUGAGAAAGAUUUUGAAAAAAGGCCUCUGUGACCCAAACUACAAGGAUGUGGACUGGAAUGACCGAACCCCCCUUCACUGGGCGGCAAUCAAAGGGCACAUGGAGGUGAUUCAGGUCCUUCUAGAAUAUGGAGCCAGGCCCUGCCUGGUAACUGAUGUGGGCUGGACCGCAGCUCAUUUUGCAGCUGAGUCAGGCCAUGUGAAUGUGCUCAAAGUUCUCCAUGGACUGCAUGCUCCCAUCGAUGCCCCCGACUUCUUUGGAGACACGCCAAAGAGGAUUGCACAGAUCUACGGGCAGACCGCCUGUGUGGCCUUCCUUGAGAAGGCUGAGCCCGAGUGCCAGGACCACCGGCGCACUGCCAGGCAGAAGGGGCUGCCUCUGGACCAGCAGGACGAAGACUGGGAUGCCAAGAAAAGGGAGCUGGAGCUGUCCCUCCCUUCCUCAAAUCAAAACACUGAUAAGAAAACGAAUAAAACAAUUCGAGCCCCCACCAGGCCUGGCCAUAUGAAGGAGAGACGGGCGUGAGAAGGACAGCAUCCUCUGCGGCUCUAGCACGCAGGUCGGCUGCGGGGGACUGUCCCUGGACUAGAGGAGGAGUUGUGAGACCUGUACCGUCAUUAUGUGAUGUUACUUAGAGACCGUUCCCCAGAUGACUUCUUUUGGUAGCUCAGCACCUGCCAUUGGAUCUGAAGCCUUGCUGGGUGUUCUCUGCUGGAGCAGCCGCCUCCCUGCUGAGGCGCACUGUCCCCAGGAAUUGCCAGGAACAGCCAAGCAUUCGCUGCUUGUACGUGGUCACCAGUCAUUUGCCCUGUCAGCAUCCUCUGGCCCCGCUGUGUUGUUACAGAAUUUCAGGAGGCAAUGAAAGCACUCACCCUAAGGGAACUUGAUGGUUGAGAUGAAAAACAAACAAAAAAGUAGUAAUAAAAUCUCGGAAAUUUCCUACCUGCUCAGUACAGUUAAUCGGUGACAAAUGUGAUUUGUUGUCCCAUAAACGAAGCAAAGAGGUGAACAAGGUAGCUCCCAGCGUCCAGCUAUGGCUUUCCUGCGUGGGGCGGAGGGCCACUAUCCCAGAGCGGUCAUUUCUACCAAUGACCACUUCCCCAUAGGAGUAGAGAUCCAGGUGAUCGACCAGCUUGGUGAGCGAGAACUGGGAGCACGGACGAGGAUUCGUUCCCUCCCACGUAACAAGCGAGGGGUAGCACAAGAACUAGGAUGUGUGAUUCCGUCUUUACUGUCCGGUGUGCGUGUUAGGAAACCUCAGUACAGAUCAGGUUAUUUCCAGUUAAAAUGUCACAUCCAACCUGAGAUGUGCUCUCCAUGUGAAAUAUGUAUCAGAUUUUGAAUACUUAGAACAAAAAAGGUAAAGUGGUUCAUUAACAAUAUUAUUGAUUAUGGGUUGAAAUGAUCAUAUUUUGGAUAAAAUAUGUCACUGGCAGGAAUUUUGCUCUCUUUCUCUCCACUUUUUAAAAUACGUGGCUGCUAAGCAGAGAAGG